AGCAUCCUGCGGUACUUAACCUAUUGUUACCUGCACAGACCCCUUCUUGCCAUGGAUCUCGACAUGGUUCGCGUCGUUAGCGGCGCCGAUCUAUGUCUUUGAAUCAUGCCAUUCGGAAGACGUAUCACAGAAUAUCAAAUUGGACAUAUUCUCUAGGAAAGAAUAGUUAUCGGAUAUCUCACCGUCAACCUCCAUGUCGCUACUUCCUAUUCCUGGCAUCCGUGGAGGGGAAGCAAUUCCCUUCUCCAAGGCUGCACCCAAAGACCAAAAGCACGAGCUACGCAAAUACUAUGGGGCGGCCGAAGCUGUACUCCAUCGAGCAAAGGCUGAUACAGUUGAACUGCAGACAAAGACUGAUCGGGUCAACGUACUGAAAGAUCGGGCAUCGUAUAGGUCGGAAAGGGAAAUGAACUUGGCGCAUUUCGCCGAGUUAAUGAGUAUCUUUAAGCAAGCAUCAAAAUCUGGUAGCGGUAAACUGACCAUGCCAGAGUUCAAAUCCGCCUUCUCGGUUGUCCUAGGCCACGGUCUAACCGACGAUCAAAUGUCCAUCCUUUUUAUGAAAGUUGACGCCAAUAUGGAUGAAGCCGUUGACUGGGACGAGUUCAGCACCUUCAUGCUUCUUCGUGCCGAAGGUCAAAGUGUCAUGCAGGAACAAGCUGAAACCCAGCUCUUUGAUACUGAAUCCAUGACCACUCAUUUUCCUAUUUUGACGCCUCACAAGGAUAUGAUUAUUCGCAUUCUUUGGUUGGGAAAGAGUCAGCGCUAUGUCACUUGCAGUCGGGAUGGGAUGGUGUGCUGUUGGAGCGAUCGGUUGAAGUUGCAGAGAAGUUUUGCAAAUAUUGGGUAAGCGAUCGUGCAGUAUUUGACACGUCCUUUUGACGAAGGAUUGCUGCCUGCUUACAGAUUUUGAGUUUUGAUUGUUUUACCUUUUGGACCAAAAAGAAUUUCCUCAAAGCCUGAACCUGGCCUCAAUAGCAAGACAAAACCACCUUGGAUUCAUGACUGUAUCUAUCUUCCCAAUCUCAACAAGUUGGCGAUGUCGUCCGACGACCACGAAAUUACCUUCUAUGAUAGUACAACGAUGGAAACGCAACUCCGCCUUGACCUCCAUGACAGCGUCGCUUUCACAAUGAAUUACCACUAUGACACUGAAAACCCCGACAGCGACCAAAGUACCCUCUUAUACGGAACCGACCAAGGCUGCGUAACUCUCAUCCGCUUCUCCCACGCGGCUCUCUUUGGUACUGCCAUCAGCAAAAAGGACCAGGCGCCCGUCAUAUUAGUGGACAGUUUAUCCAAAACACCUGGGGUGCAGGUCUGGAAGCGAAAAGCACACAAUGACUGGGUGCUCCAGGUGGAGUAUUACCAUGAUUUGAGGUCGGUUGUUUCGUGCUCUCCUGAUGAGAAAGAGAGCUUGGUCAUGGCGAUGCAAACGGGAACAAAGAAGUGGACGGUCGUUUCGGCGAGCGUGAGGAAGGGGGUAAAUACCAUUGCUUAUAGCAAAUUCCCCUUGGCGUUGGUUAGUGGGGGAACAGAUCGGCAACUCCGCAUCUGGAACCCACACCGGCUACAGCGACCCACAGCAUCUCUCUCUGGACACUUGUCACCUAUCAUAUCGGUAACGGUCAACCCUUUAAAUGGCCAAGCUAUAUCACUCUCCACGGACAAAGCUAUCAAGAUAUGGGACAUUCGCAAACAACAAUGUCUUCAAACGUUACCUAGCUCCAUCGAGCAUCGUCCUGAAAACAGUCUAUCAUCCAUAUUCUUCAGUACUCACCGUGGGGGGAAAUUGAUUGUUGCCUCGACUGUUAUGGUUACGUAUGGGUUGGUGGACCGGUCGCAGCAAAAUCGAGUGCGAAGUCACGAUGCUCCAAUUAGGGCUGCAUUGUGGAAUGGUGCGUUUAAGCAAGUUGUUAGUGGGUGUGAUGCCGGUGUCGUAAAUGUCUGGGAUGCAAGCACGGGUCAAAAGACGUUCCGUUUUGCGAAUGUCCACGAGAAAGCAGAGAUUACUGCAAUGGCAUUUGAUGCGGCAUGUCGGAAAUUGAUUACUGGGGGUCGAGAUGGGAGUAUUCGAGUAUGGAACUUUAACAACGGCCAACUGCUCCAAGAGCUGGUCAAGGGUGACCGUUCUGAAGUUACUGGCAUUACUUAUAUAACUCUCAAAUCAACACCGUAUAUCGUCACAACGGGCUGGAACCGUCUCAUCCAUUUCUUCCCAGCAACAUCUUCAGCUCCCACCGUUCACCCAACGCAAACGCUGUCAGCGUCACACAACGAUGAUAUUCUGACAAUGGCGUUUGCCGAACCGGAUGUGUUGGCUACAGGGAGUUAUGAUGGUGAAAUAGUUGUUCGGUCUUUGGGGAGUGGGUGUGUUAUCGGACGCUUGCGAGUAGGCGAGGAGGGCGAAAGGGGACGAAGCGUCGAUAAAGUGCUCUUUCUUCAUUCUCGUCUCAACCUCCAACACACUGCCCACCUCCUCUCCUCAGGAAGCGAUGGCCAAAUCCGUUGGUGGAACACUCAUGAUAUGUAUCUGAUGCUCUCGUAUGACGGAACCCAUGGAAGAAACGAAGGCAUCUUUUCCAUGGCCACUAACCCGCAUAACACAGUUCUGGUGACUGGGGAUACAGCAGGAUACAUUACAGUCUGGGAUAUCGGUAGCACUUGCGUCGGCGUGUGCCACCGAGCUGGAGAGGGCAUGGCGUGUAGGAAUGUAUUCAGAGCUCAUUUGAGGAGCGUUGUGAGUUUGGAUCUGGUAGUGGAUGGGGAACAAGAGGCGGUCGUGAGCGCCAGCACGGACUGUACGGUCAGAAUGUUUACGCUCACCGGACAAUACAUUGGGACAUUCGGCCAAACAAUGCCAUGGGAUCUGUAUAAUCCAUCUACAUAUGCAUAUCCAUCGAGGCCCCCAGAAAUCACGCUCGAUGAAGUCGACGAGCGUAGCGAUGAACCCACAUGCAACAACCACGGAGAGCAGGAGUCCGCCGUGAUCUCAUCUCUGAUGAGCCCUCCGGCGCCAAAGCCGGAAACCUCCCAGAGAGCCAUGACUGCAACAAGAACACCUAAACCAUUGAGCCCCUCAACACAAACGCCCACUUACAAAACAUGGUACGCAAAAUCCAAAUUCGCGCAAAAGUUUAUUGCACAUCCAUCAAGACGUCCACGGAUUCUUCCCCCACUAACGCACGUCAAACCUGGGUGUGGAGGUGUGGCGGGGACAUUUCAUCGACUGGAACCAUAUGAGUUGGCCGAAGUAGGAAGAGCGGGUAGAGAGAAGAAGUAGCUUAUUUUGUAGGAGAGAAUCCCAGCAUACUAGCCUAGGUGAAUUAGUUUUGUAGGACAGAGUCCGCAUGUAGAUAUAGCAAAGAGGUCCUAGGGAACUGAAUGGUUACAUUCAUUACAUACAAUCACUCUAUCGGA